CUCGAACAGUUAUAACACUGUUAUAAACUAUGGAGCUGCACGUACUGAAAGUAACAGUAAAAAAAAAAAGAAUUAUACCGACUAGCGAUAUAAUAAAACACUUUUGGAUAGUAUACUCAAGCCGUGUGUCUGUCAUGUAGGCUAAACGGUGCAUGAGCCAUUAUUCAUCCGCUCUGUUGUACAGCUCUCGCUCAACUCCGCGUAAUCCCCGGAUGAAGCUGUCAUGGCUGCCAUUCGCUGAGCUGUCAAGCCUACAAAACAAAGAGGCCUGAAUUGAUAUGGAUCCAGCACGCGCUGAAUUAGAUGUCCCUGCUGGAGGUAAUAUAAAAGUUGUCGAUGAUGACAGAAACUGGAACAAACGACUCCGUCUCAGGAAAGCUGCCGUUCAGCCCCCAGUCAUGCAAAGUAAAGAUAAGCAUGGGCCAAAGAAGAUAACAGAGGACAUGGAGAAAAGCACAGAGCAGACGUAUUUGAAGAAGACACCCCUUAAAGCACAAGAGGGUCAACAUGUGACAAAGGUUUCUAGAGAUAUACUUGGGUUUACAUGCUCUGAAUGCAAGGACAGCACAGAAUUCAGCCCUAAUGACUUACUGAGGCACUUUCAGGAGACUCACCCAGGAAGCCAACCAAUAUUUCCUUGUGACAUGUGCAGUUUUAUUACACAUGAAUUCUCCCGCCUUGAAGUCCACCAAAUAGGCCACAGAGACACUUUUGUCAGCUGCAACAUAUGCAAUGACAAUGUCCAGCACACCCUCUUGCAGCUCACCACACAUUUAAACAUGCACCACAGCUUGAACGGCCACUACUGUUGUGAGAAGUGCAAGUUCUCCACAAGAGAUGUAGGAGCAUUUUUGGAGCACCUGUAUCUACAUAACAUUGCGCCGCAAGCAGGUCCUGCUGACCAGGAUUUGAUGAGACAUCUCAUGGCCAAAACAGCACAAUUCCGCUUCAGUUGCCAGUUCUGUGACUAUAAAUCUCAUCGAAAAUAUAUCAUCACAAAGCACAUGGCCACCAUUCAUGGUGAAGAGAAGAGACAGAAAAACAAGCCGAAAAUGAAAGAUGUUGGUCCUAAAACAGUAGAUAACUCAUCUCCAAGACUGAAGCACACAGUGACGAGUACAGUGAGGGAAAAUAACUGGAUGUCACAAGGCUGUCUUUCUCUGCCGGGGGAAGGAUUUCUGGAUAAAUAUUGCAGAUUGUCAAAUCCAGAGAGGGCUUUGGAGGAGACUAAGCACUUUUUAGAGAAGUCUGUGGCUGCUGAAACAGGUGGGCAGACAUGGAACGAAGCUCUUAAGACUGUACUUUCAAAUGUGCCCCAAGCCAUCACUUCCUUUUCAAACUCAGAAAACUGCAUGAUAUCCAAUCCUGGAUUCACAAACACAGACAAAGACAUCACUGUCCUCAUGCUCAAAAACAAGAUUUCAAUUCCUCCGGAUGUCACUACUGAAGCCAUUGGUUUCAAAAUGGUGGAAGGCAAAAAACAUUUGGUUCUCAAGGUUACACCAGCAGCAAAGCAAGAGACCUCUGACACAACAAAGACGUCAUUGUGUGUCACUGAGCAGGAAUCAGAGAAGAUUGCUUGUCAAACUAGUGCUGGGGACUCCAAUGCAAACGGAUGCCAAUCGAAUUCAACUAUCCCCCCAAUGACUAGGCCACCCAGUUGUCCAGAAUCAUUCUUGACACAAAAUGAUGUUGGCACGAUUUCAACCCUAAAGUUAGUAGAAUAUGAUCAAACUCAAGAAAAUAGAGAGAACCAGGAAACAAGGGUUGGCCAGGAACACCAGAGACAUGACGCAGAACCCAAAGAUGUGAAUCACUGUGAAGAUACGGCAGAGGACAUGAAAGAGCCGAAGUUGACAAUGGAGAAAAGUGAGAAAAAGCUAAAAUCCUUUCCUGAAGCUCUGUGCUCUUCCAAGAAUAUGGGGGACAAAAAAAGGGGGAGAACGAAAGUGGUCAGCCCUAAAACUGUAGAGAAAAAAUCAUCACCAGCAUUAAAGCUCCUCCUGAAGAAGAACCCAGUUAAGGAAAUGCAGUGGAUGUCACAAGGUCAUCUUCCCCUGUUAGGAGGAGGUUUGCUGAACAAUUACCACAGACUAGAGCACCCACAGAAAACUUUGGAGGAGACGAGGCAAUUUCUUAAAAGAGCACUGUCAGCGGAAAAUGGCAAAAAGAAACAUACCAACUCCAAAGUGGUCACUAGGUCGUCAAAGUCAGAGGGAGGCUUUAUUCCAAACCUUGGACAUUUCAGCUCCAGAGUUAACAACCUUAGUGCCCUCAUGGUAAAAAAUACGAUUUUAGUUCCUCCCAAUUGCACUACAGAGGCCAUGGGUUUCAAAAUGGUGGACGGCAAAAAGCAUUUGGUUGUUAAGGUUACACCAUCAGACAAAACAGAGGCAUCCUUGCAUUCCGUUGAGACAAAGGAAGACAACCCUGCAUCUGAAAGUUGCACUAUGAGCCAGAACAGUUUAGUCGUUGUCGAGAAAAGUCAGCCAAGUUCUAAAAUCCCUCCAAGCACCAUAACAACGAGUAACCUAGAAUAUCAUUUUGAAAAUGUGGAGCUUCCAAACACUAAUGUCAGUUCUGAAAACACAGAAGGAAUGAACAAUGGCGUGGAUUCUCAUGUCCUAGAUGGCCAAGAUUGUCCAAGGGUAGGCCUACCUCAUGUAUCAAAUGGAGCCAAAUCAAAUGGAAAUGAUAAGAUAACGGAAGAGAAGCCUGACCUGGAAGGGGUUGGAACUACAGAAGCUCAGGUCAUCAUGGUGUCUCCCUCCCCUAUACUCAAUUACCUUACUUCCCCACAAGGUAUAACAAACUGGUCAGAGAUUCCAGUCCACACUCCAGAUGUUUAUUCUCAGGACUUCCCUCCCAAUACCACACUAAGAGAUGGAGGAAAACAGGAGGUCUUUGACAGGAUUUGCCUCUCACCACAGCAAAAUAAACAGACAGUCAGAGGAAAGAGGCAGAGCGAACUGUCCACAGAGGACUCUCCUGAGCCCCUCUCAAAAGCCAAUAAACCCUCCAACAAAGUUGUGGAAGAAGAAGAGGCUUCACCAGCAGCGGCGCAUCACUGGGAGCCAGGCCCUAGAGAUGUGGAGAGGACCCUGAAGCUAUUGCCAUUAAGUCCCACUCAACUCAUUACACGUCCAAGGGGAGAACAGCCUGUUGUAGUGCUAAAUCACCCAGACACAGACAUUCCCGAGGUUACAAAUAUCAUGGAGACUGUCCACAGGUACAAAGGGGAGGUCCAAAAAGUUCUGCUGUCUCGAAAAACAUUGAAGGCCCUUGCAGGCAUGGGUUGUAAUAUGUUAAGGGCAAAUGCCCCAACGAAUACCUCCAUCUCUCAUCAACGUAUGUGGCCUGAGAGCAGAGUGAAAGAGAGAUUCAUCUUGAAAUUGAAGCUGAAAAAGAUGAGCAGAAAGAAGUACAAAGUGGUGAAUGUAAUCUCACACAGCACUGAGCCUCCAUUACGAUUUAGCUGCUGGUUUUGUGGCCGAGUCUUCAGUGAUCAGGAGGUUUGGAUUGGACAUGGCCAGCGCCAUCUGAUGGAAUCUAGUAAAGAGUGGGAUAAACUGGAAUGUGAAAAGUCAUAAUGUAAUCUACACUGGAUUCAAAGUUGGUGCUCCUGCACAAAAGCAAUGUACAGAAAAUAUGAAAUAAAUGUCACUGUCUUAUUAGAGAAUAAUGUUGAUAAUGAUGACAAAAUAAUAGUGUGCAAAAUCUAUGUAACAACAUGAGUUCUUUGAAAAUACAGGGCUCUAACACUCAGGUAAAAUUAGCAUUUAUUUUUUUAUGUUUAUUUUUUCAUUUGCUCAUAUUUAAUUUGAAACCCACUUAUGUUUCAGUGCUAUCAUCGUUUUAGAUAGGAUGCAAUCUAUUUGUUGCUUCAGUUAUGUCUAGCCAAUAUGAAAUGCUAUAUAAGUUGAUGUAAGUACAUUGUCAUAGGGACUCUUUCACAGAACACUGUAAUAAGGACACGAAUGAGCCAUACUCCUAAAGCUCUAAACAUGAACAUUUAACAUUAUACGGGUAUGUAUAGUGUGUGUGUGGUAUGAUUAUAGAUUUGACGGGAUGGCAGGUUUCCUAUGUUACUAGGCUUUAUCAACAUUUUUUGAAAAGCUAUUUUAUUUGACAUUUUAUUUCUGAUUUUCAGGUGUACACUGUGUUUUAUUCACUCCCCCCCCCCCC